AUGGUACCAUGCCAUGCCAUCUGGAAGGGGUCGGACUCGUGGUUAAACGAGGAUGACUGGAUAUUGGAGUCAUACCAGAAAGGUCCUGGGCGCGUGAAAGCUUUUUACGAGCAUAUAGCACGCAGCGCCGAACUUGCAACCAAUGACCCCCAUUCGCUCCUUGUUUUCUCGGGUGGGCAAACCAAGCUGGUUUCUUCUACGACAGAAGGCGAAUCAUACCUUCGGCUAGCCCAAAUCGCCGGCAUCCUACCAGACCAAACUCACUCAUUGCCAUUCGGAAGAGCGACCACAGAGAGUUAUGCCAUGGAUUCGUAUCAAAACCUUCUCUUCUCGAUUGCCCGCUUCCACGAAUUUACCGGCCACUUCCCUACGAAAAUCACGGUCGUUGGCUAUGAGUUUAAACGACCUCGCUUUAUGGAAUUGCAUAGAACUGCCCUCCGAUGGCCUGAAGCCAAGUUUGAAUAUCUCGGCGUGGAUCCAGAGCACGAUAGUGGAACUAAUGCUGUGGAAGGCGAGCUGCAAAACGGCUACCUCCCUUAUACCCAAGACAAAUACGGCUGCCACUCUACUCUACUCGACAAGCGCCGCCAAAGGAAUCCAUAUUCAAGGUUCCAUCCCUACUACGCUUCAUCGCCCGACUUAAUUCCAUUGCUCGAUUGGUGUCCCGGCGAUGAAUCGACGCUCUUCGAGGGACCGCUUCCCUGGGAUCAUUCAAAAAUACGUCAAGACACUUGA